UGUGAAAGUGGGAGGAGAAGUUUUGCACCACAAACAACUCAACAUGGAGGAACCCGUUCGCUUCCUGCUGUUCAAAUAAUGCAGAUGAUACGACAGCCUCCUUCAUGAAAUGAUUAUUUCAGAGCGUUCCAGUAUCUGACUGGCUGAGUGAAAACAGCAUAAAGGACAGCAAGGGAUAAAAAGAGGAGGAUGAAGAAACAAAGCUGUAAGAAGAGACAAGAGAUGGAGUUGUCGUCCCUCUGCAAACCCAAGAAGAAGAAACAAGCCAAGAGACAAAACUGCCCCAAGUCGUCUGCAAGACACAAAAACUCUCAAAAUAAAUCUCAACUUCCUGUUACAUGUGGUCAUAAAAAGGGCGUCUUGCAUUUGAAGAAAUAUAAUAACAAACAGAAGUGCAUCUUCAGUGAAGGCCAGUGGUUCAAGCCCACUGAGUUUGAGAGGUUUGGGAUGAAGGACAGGAACAAAAAAUGGAGAACCAGCAUCCUUUGCAAAGGCAUUACUCUCCAGAAACUCAUAGAGGAUGGCUUUCUUUUACCUAAAAGCUUUCAGAAAAGCAAGGUUCAGGAUUCACAGAAGAAAAAAAGCCCCGUGGGUUUGGAAAAAAAGGAUAAGAUCAAUGACAAUCAAGAUAAUGAUGACGAUGAUGAUGAUGAUGAUGAUACUGUUGACAUGAGCAAAUUUGAAGGUUCAACCCUACCUGUUACCUGUGGUUCUGACUCUGGCAUCCUACACAAAUGUCGCUUUGCCAAAGGGCGUUGUGGGAGAUGCAUAAGAACAGAGAACUUCUGGCUGAGCCCUGAGGAUUUCAUCAAAUUGAACAAACCAGAUGGAUCAUGGAGGAAAGAUAUUGUGUCCCAUGGAAUGCCUCUUGGGAAACUUAUAACGAAAGGCGUUUUGGAACCACAUACAGUCAACUGUGAUUGUGAGAUGUGCCAAGAACUGGAUCAAUACCUACAGAAUGAUGACGUGUGUUUCGUGUGUGACUCUGGGGGAGAUCUUGUGUGUUGUGACGAAUGUCCACGAGCUUUUCAUUCACACUGUCAUCUACCAGCUGCAGACGGAGACUCACCUGGAAGCAAGUGGAGCUGCACAUUCUGUGUGAUGAAGAAUACGAAAGAUUCCAGUCAAAAGACCCAACAGGAAGUUUUAAGCAGUCCAGUCUCUCAAUACACACUGCACUGCCAGUGUUUGCUGUUACACUUGCUACAUGAGAACACGACUGACCCCUGCACCAAUGUUCCAGGACACAGUGAAAACAUUUGUGGUCCCAUGAUGCUGGGCAGAGUGAAGCUGAACCUGGAAAAUAAUGAUUAUCAAACAGUGCGAGAGUUUAUCUCGGAUAUUGAAUACGUUUUUCACCACUGCACAUCCAACAGGGACAGUGACUUCAGUAGAAUGACCUCUAGGCUGAAGGAAAUGUUUGAAACCAUCUUUAAGCUCAUAUAGGACUGAAACGACAAGCCCACAUUAUCAACAACUCAGGCAAUAAAAAACUGUCAACAAUU